AUGACGAAACAAUUUUUGGGCCUCAAUGGCACCCGCCUCCAGAUCGCCAUCGGUGUUCUGGCCGGCAUGGAUUUCCUUCUUUUCGGAUACGAUCAGGGUGUCACUGGUGGUCUAUUGACGCUGGACUCAUUCCGCAAGUACUUCCCUGCCAUCGAUACCACCGAUGCCCACACGGCGGGCUGGUCGGCUGCCGAGAAGAGUGCGCAGUCGACUCGCCAGGGUAUCACCGUCGCAGCAUACAACUUGGGCUGUUUCGCAGGCUCUAUCCCCACUAUCUGGAUUGGUAACAUGCUCGGUCGCCGCAAGGCCAUCUUCCUCGGUUCUUUCAUUAUGGUCAUUGGUGCCCUGCUGCAGUGUACCUCGUACGAUCUCGCCCAGCUGGUCGUCGGUCGUCUGGUUACUGGCUUUGGCAAUGGUAUCAACACUUCCACUGUCCCAACCUGGCAAUCUGAAUGCUGCAAGUCUCACCGUCGUGGUCAGAUGGUCAUGAUUGAGGGUGCUAUGAUUACUUGUGGUAUUACUAUCAGUUACUGGAUUGACUUCGGAUUGAUGUUCGCCGAUCCCAGCGAGGUGGCCUGGCGUUUCCCACUGGCUUUUCAAAUCUUCUUCGCGGCGAUUAUCCUGGCAUUCGUCAUGUUCCUACCCGAGUCGCCCCGCUGGCUUAUUCUGAAGGGUCGCGAGGAAGAGGCCCGCGAGGUCCUGGAGUGCCUAAUGGGCGAUGACACCGACGAGGUCUUCCUUGACACCGAGUUCACUGCUAUCAAGGCUACCGUCCUGGAGAUGGCCAAGGGAUCUUUCCGUGACAUGUUCACCAUGGGCGAGGACCGCCACCUCCACCGGACUAUUCUGGCCUAUGUCAACCAGAUGUUCCAGCAAAUCUCGGGUAUCAACCUUAUCACGUACUACAUUCCAACUCUGCUCGAGGGUCAAGUCGGCCUGACACCAACUUUGUCGCGUCUUAUCGCUGCUAUCAACGGUACCGAGUACUUUGCUGCCUCAUGGGUGGCAGUUUUCACGGUUGAAAAGUUCGGUCGCCGGACUCUGAUGAUCUUCGGUGCUGUUGGCAUGUCUCUGUCCAUGGUUGUCUUGGCUGUGACUGAUAACAUCUCCGCUGCAAACCCCAAGACUGAUCUGGGCACUCGCGCCGGUAUUGUGCAAACAGUCUUCCUCUUCGUUUUCAACACCUUCUUUGCCGUUGGUUGGCUCGGUAUGACCUGGCUGUACCCAGCUGAGAUCGUGCCUCUGAAGAUUCGUGCCCCGGCUAAUGCUCUGUCCACUUCGUCCAACUGGAUUUGGAACUUCAUGGUCGUCAUGAUCACCCCUGUCGCAUUCACCAACAUUGGCUACAAGACCUAUAUUAUCUUUGCCGUCAUCAACGCCUUCAUCGUUCCUGUGGUCUACUUCUUCUUCCCUGAGACCACCAUGCGUUCUCUGGAGGAGAUGGACCGUAUUUUCCACAAGACCACCAACUUCUUCGACUGUGUUUCGCUCGCAAGCAGCGAGCCGCAUAUGUACGGUCCCAACGGUGAACUACUCCGCACCCUCGACGAUGUCGAGGAUGAGGCCGUUCGCCGUGCCAGCGUCCUCAGCAACCCCGCCAAACGCGCUACCAACGACCAUCAUGAGCACAUUGGUGAGAAGGAUAGUUCUGGCAACUCGAGUGACGAGAAAUAA